ACUGGGCGGCGGGUGCCAUGCGCCUCGAGCUUCCUAGUCUCAGCUCCCGCCCACCGCACCCGCCCGCCUCCUCGGUCACGCCCUAGACCGCCGACACCUGUCAAGCAGGUGAGUUCGAGCAGUCCCGGGGUUGGUUCGGCCCGGGAUGGGCUAGACCGGGAGCCAAACCGCAAGCGUCCCCGAGGUGUCCUAGUGCCCUGGGUGGCCUCCUUGAGUGUGGCCUGAACCUCUGGAGUAGCUUUCGGGAGCAAACGCCUCGGAGCAGAAGACACGGGCGGUGCUGGCGACCUGACGAGCGAACCAACGCCAUCCUUUCCUGCUGCUCCACCUCUGCUCCCCCUUCCUGCGGAGUCACUAAACUAACUCAAAACUGAUUCGUGCCUAUAACCAUUAGAGCAAAUAGCUAUCAUUUUCUCGUCGCCUACUUCGUGCCUGGCACUGUGCUUAAUGCUAGAUCUCAAACAAAGAGGGACACAGCAGACUCCUGCCCUGAAACACUGUGUGUCCCAACCCAGCAGGAAUUGACGGCAGCACAGAUGAAAAAAUGCCAGAAAACCUCAGAGCAGUCUGGCCUCAACCACAGCAAACAGCUCUCAACAGCCAGCCCCCAGCUCACCCUUCCUUUUCAUAAAAAAAUAAACACAGAACCUGAGAAUGAGGUAGAUGUCUCUGUCCUGAUACCAGUUCUCAACUUGAGCAAAUUAGUGCCUCUAGCCACUUCAGAGAAAACAGAUCUCUGAUUUGAUGGCAGCAGUGGGAUCUGAAGUGAACUUCUGAUGGCUUCAGGACAACAAGAAACACAGGCAUGGUAUUCCACAAACCCACUGAGUUCUCUGUCUUCCUGCCAUUUCCGAAGGCCAUGGGAAGAGAAAACGAAAUUGAUGGGUGUCUCGCCAGUCUUUCCUGCAAGUUUCUCCAAGUGUGAAAGUUGGCUGGAGCCAGACAAGACUGCCCUGCCUGUGGCUAUUGUUCUUGCUGUGAAGCUGAAACCAGCCCAUCAAACCAGCUCUGUCAGGCUGGCUGCCUCCCAACCUGCCUGCCUAAAGGUAUCUUCCUCUCAGGAUGGCACAGACGCAUACACCCCAUCUCCCCAGCUGAACUACCACCGCUGGAACCACUCACCUAUGACCACAUGCCUUCCUCCUAGAACCAUUGUUAAACUCCUCUCAACCUCCCCUGUUAACACACUGAUGAUUAGUUUAUCAUCAGAUUACGUGAACUCGGGGCUUGGAUCAAGUGAAUUUGGUUUGGAGCCGACGGGUAAAGUCAGGAGCGUGAGGGUGAAUCAUAGACUAUUAGAUGCAGCAGGAACGUUAGAAAGCUGUAUUGGCCCAUCCCAGCAUUUUACAGCCGUAGAAACUGAUAUACAGGUGCCAAAGCUUUGGUAUCUUGAUUGUGGAAUGACCACAUUUUGCCUGGGACCGAACGGUUUCCUGGAGUGUGAGACUUGCAGUGCUCAAACUGGGAAAGUCCUGGACAAAGCAGGACAAGUUGACCACUCUGCUUGCUUGGGAGCCCCAAACUCUUCUGCUUCUCUGGGCAAGUCAGAUUUGCGCAAGCCCUGACAGCAAAGGCCCCACGGCUGCUUGGUACAGCUCAAAAACCCCAGGUGGAGAAAUGACAGCAACACAAACUUACACGGCACAGUUUAACCCCGGCUCGCUCCCCUGAAUGGUCAGUAUCCAGGCAUGAACUUGGAUGCCACAUGGAAGCAGCCAUGUGAGGUAAGGUUGUGUCUGCCUCAUGGAUGACUGAACUCUUAGCCUCUUGGGCCAACUGCAUUUGGGAAAGCCGGGUGGAUUGAGUCAGUCUCAGAAAAUAAGGCUGUGGUCUGCCUUAUUGACUUCAGAGAGAGGGCCACUGGGUCUGCCUCAGCCAUGCAGUUCACAGAGCCUGCAAGGAGAGGGCCGCUGCAUCUUGUCUGUGCUCCAUGUAGCUGCGUGGAGGGUGGAAUGGAGAAGUGGUCAGGCAGGGAGAAGGGUCAGCAGGGUGCCCCGUGGUACCAUCACUUCCUCUUUCAGAAGUUUUGUCAUUCAGAGGUUUUGAAUCCUGCAGUAGGCAGUUAUUCUUGGCUAACUUUGGACUUUUUCCUUAAAUGCCAAGCAUCUAAUUUUUAAAUAUUUCUUGGUUUUACUUCUCCUCCUGGCCUAUUUUGCCCCAGCCCUUGGUUGCUUGGUAGCUGUUUCCUUCACCAGGCCUCCUGCUUUCUGUUCUGCUGGGAUGCAGCCUCUAGCUCAUGCCCUGCACCUGGGGAUGAGUGUGUGGUGAUGAGACGAGAAGGAAAGGGGGAAGCAAGAAAGGAAUAAUGCAAGGAUCCCAGUCAGGCAAAAUUGUCAGAUGGUACACGUUCGCUUCAACAUUCUCUUUCCUGUGGGCAUUCCCUUAAGCUAUGCCUGGACACCCCUGCCCCCAUCCCUAUUCCUACACACAACUGCUGAGAUCUACUUUCUUCAUGCCCCACACUUGUUCUCGACCACCACUGAAAUGUCUUUCUUAGUGCCGAAAUAACAUUUACAAAUUUACUGAUCAGAAAAACUCGUCACUGUUAAUGGGAUUUAAAGUCAGAGGCCAAGGCCUCAAAAGUGAAUCCUAACUAUGACCUGUAUAAUUAAUACCCCUCUUAGGUUGUCUUAACACUUGAGUGAACCUGAUGCCAGUGGAGGGAUUUUGAAAUUGGGGGAGGGGAUGGGAAGCAUAGUGAAGGAUUAUUUAUGAUAAGGGUUGCCAGAUUUAGCGGAGAAAAAUUGGGCACCCAGUUGAGUCUGAAUUUCACAUAAAAAAAUACAUUUUUUAUAAUUUAGUAUAAGGAUGUCCCUUGCAAUAUUCGUGAUAUACUAAAAAUUAUUCAUUGUUUAUCUGAAAUUCAAAUUUAACUGGGCGUCUUGUAUUUUAUCUGGCAACCCUCUGACCCACAAUGUCUCCCGAAUAUGCAGCCUUUGCAGCAGGAGGUCGGGAUUGCUGCAGAAUUUGGAACAGUUUCCAGAUGUCUGGCAGAAGGGAAGCAAGUCCAUCAGAGAGGGCAUCAUGUGGUACAGUCAGGUGAAAUCUGUGCCCCCAGUGCCAGGCCUGCUGAUGUGCAGGGCCAUGUGAGGUAGGCCUGAACGGAAUACCCCUGGAGCCUGGCCAAGGUGCUGGUAGAAAGGGCAUGUUCUGCUGGGUCCUUCCCAGAAGAUACAGUGUCUGGUUCCGGUGCUGACAACUGACCCAUCUGAUAUCCAUCACACUAGAACAUUAUUUUUAGAUCUAGGGAAAGAGUGGCAAGGUUUUAAAAAUAAGGUACUAGAUAUAGAGGGAAACUACAUUCAAGAAGCUCAAUCCUGACUAGGAAAUGCAAUCCCUGGGCCUGCUAACAUUAGACCUAGAAAAGGUUAGGACCAGCAGCUUUCUGUGUAAAAAUGCCUAAGACUGAGACCCAACACUUUUCUUUUCCUUUUUUAAUAAACAAAGGUAAUGCUACUAGCUUCAAGAGAAUUGCUUUAGCCACCUAUAAUAAUCUUUUUGUUUCCCAUUAAUGAAGAGAGUGAAAUUAAUCUUUCAUUUUCUUUUUGUUUCGUUAUCUCUUUUUGGCUUCUGUAUGGGAUAUACCCUGUCUGCUCUUCCAGAUCUACCCUCUAUCCUUCUUCUCUACCCUGCUCUGUGCUCUGGGAAGCUGACCCUUAGGACUCCCUUCGUUUCUGUCUUCUGUUAGGACCAGCCAACGGGAGACAUCAGCAAGAGAUUGGAGGUUGGAAGACAGUUAGGUCAGAAGGAUAACGUUAUUGUAGUUGGCGUUUAUUAAAAUGCUCAUGGUUUCAACAACUUGAUAAAAAGCACUCAAAAUAGGAACAGAUGGGGCUUCCCUGGUGGUGCAGUGGUUGAAAAUCCGCCUGCCGAUGCAGGGGACAUGGGUUCGUGCCCCGGUCCGGGAAGAUCCCACAUGCCGUGGAGCGGCUGGGCCCGUGAGCCAUGGCCGCUGAGCCUGUGCGUCCAGAGCCUGUGCUCCGCAACGGGAGAGGCCACGACAGUGAGAGGCCCGCGUACCAAAAAAAAAAAAAAUAGAAUCCGCCUGCCAUUGCAGGGGACAUGGGUUCAAGCCCUGGUCCGGGAAGAUCCCACAUGCCGCAGAGCAACUAAGCCCUUGCACCACAACUACUGAGCCUAGAGCCCGUACUCUGCAACAAGAAAAGCCACCACUAUGAGAAACCUGCACACCGCAACGAAGAGUAGCCCCCACUCACCGCAGCUAGAGAAAGCCAGCGCGCAGCAAUGAAACCCAAUGCAACCAAAAAUAAAAUUAAAAAAAAAAAACGGCGACAUUGCAAAUCACCAGAGAAAAGAGUAACUAUUCAAUAAAUGGUGUUGGUAUAACUGGAUAGCCAUCUGGAAUAAAACUGGAUCCAUA